AUCCGGCCGAAAUUGAGAGGUACAUAGCAACGAACACCCGUUACCAGCAUGUGACGUAUGAUGGUACAUUGAAGAUGCUCCGCGAUUGGCGAAAUACCAAGAGAAGGGUUGAAGAACGACCAUCUCUUGCACAUGCUUUGAGAGAGGCACAACUUGAAAGACUUGCAGAUAUGCUCUUGAUGAAUUCGAAGGUUCCAGACCUCCAAACCACUUCCGACGAUCUUCCACAAAAUGACCUGUUGGAGAGUGUUGUUAAAGACAUCAAGGAGUACUACAAACGCAAUAUCUGUAUCAUUCAAGCAGACCCAACCAAUAAUGACGUAAUGUUCGAGUUCAACCAUAUCUACACCGAUCCGACAUUGCUCGAAGAGGAUAGAAACGACAUAACGAAAAGGAAUCCGCUGCCCUAUCGCAACCUCCUCAAGACAAAAAUCAACGGACAAUUGUCAAAUCGAUUACUAGUACAAGGUGGAGGUGGAGCAGGAAAGACGACAUUCUGCUCCAAGAUAGUUUGGGAUUGGGCAAAUGAUCUUGGCUUCCAGCAGUUCAAGUUAGUUGCUGUGAUUCCCGUCCGCAAGGCCAAGAACAAGACAGUUGGUGACGUUAUCAAAUCCUACCUAUCUGACAACAAUCCGUUUACAGCAGUGCAGAUAGAUAAGUACAUCCUAACCAAUCAGGAAGACGUUUUUCUGGUGUUUGAUGGUCUAGACGAGCUUUGGGAAAAGUUAUCAGACAACAGUCAUCAGAUCGUUCAGAUCAUUCUCAACCGGCUGUUCAAGUUCGGUACGGUCUUGGUAACAUCGCGACAGUGGAGGGCGCAUGAGAUCCACCGCAUCACUGAACUCAAGAAAGCUUAUGCGUUCAUAUACCUGGAUGGGUUCUCACCCGACAAUGUUACUGAGUACAUCAAGAAGUUCUUUAAUCAAGACGCAGCUUCCUCCCAAAAACUGAUCGAUUUCAUCAACAGCAACGAUGUCAUUGCCGAUAACAUGGCACCCUUCCCGAUCUAUAUCGCUAUGUUGUGCAUCAUGUGGAGGGAGUACGACGGAGAAAGACGAAAGGCAAUGUCUAAGUUGAUGACAUUUUCACAGCUGUUUGAUGAGAUGGUCGACUUGCUGGUAGACCAUUGUGGAUCCAAGGAUGAUUCCCAGACAUGUCCCACUGUGCAGGAGCUCCGUCAGAUGAUUCCCAAUCAUCUAAAAACAAUUGGCGAAAUUGCCUUUCAGGGGAUUUUAGACAGACGUAUAGAAUUUCCUGAAGACACCUUUCAGAGUUGCAGAGUAUCUAUGGAAUUGGGCUGUAAAGUUGGGGUCCUGACAAGAGAGAAGCAUGCUACCCCGAGACGUGACAGACGGAAGAACCCUUGCUUAGAAAUAUCCAUGGUGCACUUUCCUCACCAGCUCUUCCAAGAAUUUUUGGCGGCCAAGUUUCUGGCAUCACUGUAUAGUUCAGAUCACGACAGAUAUGAGAGGAUCAUGGCUGACAUCCUUGAAAAAAAAGAGGAGUUUCGUUAUCUACUGUAUUUCACGUCUGCUCAAGGGAGUGAGCAUGGCCUGGACAUUGUGACGCGUCUCAUUGCUAAACAUAAAGCGUCAUGGCUACCACAGAUUGCCCAAAGCGAGUUCAACUAUGUCCGCGAUUUCAGUCAUGACUAUUUAAUAGAUAGGGAAUGGCGUUUCAUCGUUGAUGUAGCGUAUGAGAGCCAACACCAAUCAGUAGCCAAGAAAGUGGGGAAUCAAUUUAUGAGAAGUAGGAAAACCUUGAAUAUCACUUGUCAUUGGUCAGUACAUACGGUAUUCGGAUUGCUGUUCAUCAAGGACCAUCUGGGUGAAGUGGAUUCCCUUGUCUUGGCAAAGCGAUGUGGCCACACAGCUUCGCAGGACCUGGCAGAAUUCAUCCUGUCUUCGGCAUCACUGAGAACCAUGAGGAUUGGCGGAUCCAUGAGUACUUUCUUCCCACUUUCCUUGCUUCCUGACUUUAUACCCAUGCAUGCUGUCUUCUACUCAAUGCUAGUUGAUAACGUACAACAAUGUCAGAUUCAAAACCUGACGAUUGGCUUCGCCAGACUCUACCACCAGCCACUGACAUCAUGUAAACUGGCAGAGUUCAUCUGUAAGAUGCCUCGCUUAGAGAGUUUGGAACUGAGCGAGAGUGAGCUACACAAAGACUUCUUUUCGAAAUGGGCAUCGAUUGUAUCGUCGGCAAAGGUAUGUCAUAAUAUGCCAAUUCAGAGAUGGUCAUGGUCAGACAUAGGGCAUUUGGACAAAACUCUAAAACCCAUCGGGACGACCGCCGGAUACGUAUUUAUAAAAUUAAGGAAUCAUUAUUCAUUUAUGCACCGACGCUAAAUUCUAUGGAAAACAGGUGGGAGGAUUUUUUUCAAGAGGGGAUAAUGAAGCACCUCCAUCACUCUAGCAGUGAUUAUUCUAAAAUGCACAACGUGAAAAUAUCUGUGUAUAUUUAGGGGUCAUUAGAAGUGGCUUAUAAACUACAAUAUCCUGAGAGAAUCAAAUAUAACAUUACAAAAGUUAUAUUUUUAACAAUCCUAACAUGGCUCUCAUUUUUG